GGAAGACUGCAGACAUGACAACGACCAGACUCCAGCCAUGCCACAGUACUUGACGCUCCUGCUCGACUGUCCGGUUGUAAUAGCUGCCAUUUUUGCUGCUGGCAUUGGGGGAACAUUUCAAUAUGGAUUCAGUAUAUCUGUGAUGACCUCCCCGUCUGCUUUUAUAAAGGAGCUGGUGAACACAACAUGUGUGCAGAGAUAUAAUGUCUCCUUGGAGCAGUGGCAGCUUUCUCUCAUCUGGUCCUUCAUGGUGUCCAUUUACUGCAUCGGGGGUUUACUUGGGGGGUUCAUGGCUGGUUCUCUACUCUCAAAAUUUGGGAGAAAGCGUUGCCUUCUAUUGAACAAUUUUGUGGCGAUAAUAGGAGCUGUGUUGAUGAUCUGUAGCCAAACAGCCAUGUCCUUUGAGAUGAUCAUGGUGGGACGAUUUCUCUGUGGAAUCAAUUCAGGACUCGGUCUCUCUGCUCACUCCUUGUAUUUGGUUGAGUGCGCCCCCAAGAGGCUACGAGGGAUGGUGGGUGUCACAGUUGGUACCUUCAUCUCCUUGGGGAAGUUCGGUGGUCAGUUGCUCGGGAUCAGUGAGUUACUUGGCACACAUGAGAGGUGGCCAUGGCUGCUUGGUUUUAAUGGUUUCACAGCGUUAGUCCAGCUUUCCACCCUGCCUUUCCUGCCAGAGUCUCCCAGCUUCCUGCUGCUGGAUAGAGGAGACCGCCAGGCCUGUGAGAAAGCUCUAAGGAGGCUAUGGGGUAACCAGGACCACAGCAUGAAGGUGGAGGAGAUGUUGCAGGAGAAAGCGGCCCUGCAGACUGUUCGUAACCACUCAGUGCUGGAGCUGAUUCGAGACAAAACACUUCGCUGGCAGCUCAUCACCAUCUUUGUUACUUUCACUACACUGCAGCUCUGUGGCAUCAAUGCUGUGUACUUUUAUUCUUUUGAAGUGUUUCGUGCGGCAGGAAUCCAACCACAGCAUUUACGUUACGCAGCCUUGGGAACUGGGCUUUGUGAGCUCUGUACGUCUAUUGCCUGUUUUAUGGUAAUAGAGAAUAUGGGCAAAAAGGUCCUUCUGUCCAGAGGAUAUAUGGGAAUGGCUGCAACGCUGAUCCUCCUCACAAUCACUCUGUACCUGCAAACUCAUAUUUCCUGGAUGCCAUACUUCAGCAUGGUUCUCAUUUUCAUCUUCAUUUUCUUUUUUGCCAGUGGACCAGCUGGAGUAUCAGCUACUCUUCCAGGGGAAAUAUUAACUCAGUCAUAUAAGUCUGCUGGAUACACCAUCGCCUGCACUCUUAACUGGUCAGGCCUGUUUGUACUUGGAAUGGUUUUCCCUAUCUUAGUGGAGAAACUGGAAUACUUUUGUUUCCUCAUAUUCCUUUUUUUUUGCGCCAUCUGUGGGCUGUUUGUGAGGUUCAACGUCCCUGAGACCAAGAAUCUGACGGUGCUGGAGAUCGCUGCGGAGUUUCAGAGGAUGCACUGCAAAUCUGAAGACUCGCAGAGGAGUAAAUUCACUGAACAGAACCUCAAUGGAACCUCAAUCAACAACACCAAACUCUGAGGUCAUGAAGAAAAUGUUCAUCUUGAAAGUAUUACUUUUUUUAUCACUCUGUAAAUAUUUAAAUUGUUUAUUGAACCUCAAGGAGAAGUGCAAUUCAUUUUGAUUUGUGUACAAUGCAGUAAGUCAUGAAUAAAAGUGAAUGUAUUGUUUUUAAGGUUAGUGCUUUUAUUAAAU